AUGAAUGAUUUAGAUGUAAAUAAUAUUACAAAGGAUAAAGUUGUAUGGACUAUUGAUACUUUCAAGAAUUGUGAUUUAAAGUCCUAUUAUUUACAAAACAAGAACUUUAUAGAUGAAGUAACAACUACAUUAGAUCCAAAGGAUCAAAGUAUUGAAAAAUUUCAAGAAAUAGUAGUACUACUGACUAGAUUAGUAGAAAGUGAUGAUUUUAGAAUCGGUGAUGUAGACAUAAGAUAUCAAAAGAAUAUCAUGGAACUCAUUGAAUUUGUACAUUAUACCUUGAUAAUUGAAAAUGAAUCAAUUAUGAAUAAUUUAAUAAUACUACAGGAUGGUAUAAAUAGCUUAUGUGAAAAUAAAAGUCUACCUAUAUUAUUAAGUAUUCUUAUAGAUUGUAUCCACACUUAUAACAAAAUGAUAAAGAGACAAUCUGGAUCCCUAGACUUGCUUCUUGAUAUAUCUUUGUGGUCAAUAAAAUUGAUGGAUACAAUAUAUGCAACUAAUGGGGGAAAUAUAACAUUGUUAGAUUAUACAAUUCAACGUAUUUAUGACCAAUAUCCAUCUAUUUUGAGUGUAUUUGAUGAAAUAGAAUAUAUAGAUAAAAUCAUAAUGAAUUGUGAUAUUGAAGAGAUAUAUAGGAAAAUUUUGCGCAUAGAAUUUGGAUUUAAUCAAAGGUAUGAAAUAUUCUUAAAUAACGGUAGUAAUUAUUUCAAUAAAGAGAUAAUCCAAAAAUAUACUGAAAAUGCUAAACAAAUAAUUUAUUUAUUGAAACAAGAAUUUACAUCUUUAAAUAGAGAAGUUUAUUAUUUAUCAAAAUAUUUAGGAUUGAAAACAUCAGUAGAUGAGAAUCAAAAGGAUCAUGAAGUAAAUAAUUAUAGUAAAUAUAGUAAAGAAAACUCGAAUUUUACUGAAGUUCUUUCUAAUAUUGAUAUAGAGGAAAUUAAAGAAAUUCUACAAAUAUUUGAUUUAUUAUAUUGGCUAAAAACUAGAAUUAAUACUUGUCUUGGAAAUGCAGUUUCUGGUGAGAAAAAUUCUACAUCAACUUUGAAACAUCAGGACACAUGUGAUACAUGUUAUUAUAAUGAAUGUUUUAAUUGA